CAGGCCGUCGUGAUUCUAAUUCCAAGUCGUGUCGCAGUCACAUCGUAUAUCCGCUGACUUGUGUUUUCAAAGUUCUCCUUGUUUUGUUUUGUUUUGAAGUGCAGCAAGUUCCCAUCCGUCGCGUGCGCUCUUCAUUUUCUGUUGACAUUUGGGGAAGAAGAAGAGAAUGACUGUGACUACCAUCGGCAUGAUGCGCCCUUGUUUCACCACUGGUUAUCCUUUUCAAGGUCAGGGACGUGUUAAUCAAUUGGGUGGGGUUUUCAUCAACGGAAGGCCUUUGCCUAACCACAUCCGUUUGAAAAUUGUUGAAUUGGCGGCUGCUGGUGUCCGUCCGUGUGUCAUCUCGCGGCAGUUGCGCGUUUCGCACGGAUGCGUUUCAAAGAUCCUCAAUCGCUACCAAGAGACGGGCAGCAUCCGCGCCGGAGUGCUUGGUGGAACCCGGCCCAAGCCUAGCCUCCACCCGGACAUCCAGCGCAGGAUCCAAUCCUAUCGUAUGGAGAAUCCAGGCAUCUUUUCCUGGGAAGUUCGCGACAGGCUGAUUAAGGAUGGCUUAUGCGACCGAUCGACAGCCCCUUCAGUCAGCGCUAUCUCGCGGUUGAUGAAAGGCAAAGACGAAGCCGCCGAAACGGUGAAACUUGAAAAAGGAAAUAAUGGAGCGAUGAAUCAUCUCAACGGAUUGGCCAACGGAAGCAUCGGCAGUAACAACAGCAACGACAUGGAUGCUGGAACGGGAUCCGAUUGCGAUUCGGAGCCUGGCCUCUCGUUGAAACAGAAGCAGCGAAGGCACAGGACUACCUUCACUGCCCAGCAAAUGGAUGAGCUGGAAAAGGCUUUCGAUCGGACUCAAUAUCCGGAUGUUUACACACGCGAAGAACUUGCCCAGCGCACUAAACUGACCGAAGCCAGAAUUCAAGUUUGGUUCAGCAACCGUCGCGCUCGCUUGCGUAAACAAGUCAGCCCGUCGUCGGCAAACAGCGGCGCUUAUCAGCCGCAACAGCAGCAAAACGUGUCCGUUCAUUCCGGAUUGACUCCAUCACCACCCGCCGCGUUACCUUCCAGCGCUGCCGGACCAUCGCCAACGGCAGUGUCCAGCAGCUAUCCAUCGUCUGCAACCAGCACCUACCCGUCCAUCCAUCAGCAUCAAACCCUGCCCGUCGCUGGAUCGGGAUUGUCCGCCGCUUCGACCAUGUUCCAGCAUCAUCACACGGCCGAUUUCGGUCCAGCAGGUCAUCAUUACGGAGCGGCCGCUAGUAGCCUAUCGCCCGCCUCGUCCUCGGUAACUCUGCCGACCGAGAUGACCUCCAUCUCGCCCAGCUAUCCAACCGACAGCCACCACUAUCAGAUGUACCAGCAUCACCAAGCGACUCAGGAGAGCUGGAACAAUUUGCAGCAGCAGCAACAACAUCAGCAGCAACAGCAACUGCAUCAUCAGGUAGCUCAACAACAACAACAACAGCAGCAAAUCCAGCAUUUGAAUCAAUGCGCUGCCGCAGCUGUGACUAAUUAUUCGUUCGACGGAAUCAACUGCUCAUCAGCCGCAGCCGCCGCCGCCGUGGCCGGUCACAUCCAUCACGGCGUCCGGCCAACUCCGUAUCACGCCACCUUCCCCUCCAUGUACGGAUGGUAUUGAUUUUCUUUUCCCUUUUUUUUUUUCGCGUUCAUUUUCAUUUGAAAUCACAUACCAACAAUGACUACUAUAAUAUGCAAAAAAUUCCAGUUAAAAUAUUCAUUCAAAUUGCCGUUUAAGAACUGCACCUGCCCGUUGUAAAUGGAACCCCGAUUUCUCUCUCUUUUAAAUGUGUAAAACUGUACAAAAAAAGAAAUGUUUUGGAUCAGAAAAAAAAACAAAUACAGUUGAACUGUUUCGACAA